AUGAAGGAAGCUGAUUCAUUGGAAUCACGCUUUGUACAACACAAACAGCUGUAUAAAGAUUUAUCUUACUUGGACUCUACAAAUUUUAAAACAAUUGCUGAGAAAGGUCUUGAAGAUGAAGCAUUGAGAGGAAUUAUCAAGUUGUUCCCACAAAUCAUCGAAGAUCAAGUGAAAGAUGCACGCCAAACCACAGUCGUAGUGGCACUCUUGGCCGCCCUAGUGAGCUCGCAGGUCAACGCCCAGGUGCCAGACGCUAUCAGGAAGCUGCGGGAACCUCUGACCAAAAUCAGCCUCCGAGAAAUGUUUACGAACAUGGAGAAUCCCAACACAGUCACUUUCUACACCAAGUGCGUCAUCGGAGAGGCGACUUGUGACAGAGUCGGUUCACGCUCUCAAACUCAACGAGCUAAGAGGGAACAACACAAAGGGAGGCCAGCGAGCAUCACUCUUGGAUGCCUAAAAAGAAAAAUGACGUUGCAAAGAACAUUUACUAUCUCACAUGAUGCGUUGGUUCUCCAAUCCCUAAUUCCCUUCCUGUUCUUCUUCCCUGCAGAUAUUCUGACUGACCACAUCCCUGGACAGAAUCUCUGCCACGGCUGCACUGACUGCGAGAGGGAGCGCCUCGAUUACGUCAUUGAUAUCGUCAAGGAGAAGUACCCCAAACACGCAUGCGCCGUGCAAAAUAGCUUGAAAAAGAAUUUGUUUGGCACUAGCGUGUGCGCAUAAUCGAAGGGGAAACAUUGAGAUGGAGGGAGAGGGUUAUCGGUGCUAAACACAGUGUUGUUCCUUCCUUUUGAAUAAAUAGAGUUUUAUCG